AUGGGACAAGGAACUCCAGGUGGACUCAAUCGGCAACCCGGAGAUCGUAAGAACGAUGGCGACAAGAAGGAAAAGAAGUUUGAGCCGGCGGCGCCUCCUUCUCGCGUUGGCCGUAAGCAGCGCAAGCAGAAAGGUCCGGAGGCCGCCGCAAGGAUCCCGACGGUGACGCCGCUGACGAAGUGUAAGCUCCGGCUUCUGAAGCUAGAGCGGAUCAAGGACUAUCUUCUGAUGGAGGAGGAGUUCGUGGCCAAUCAGGAGAGACUGAAGCCGCAGGAGGAGAAGACGGAGGAGGAUCGAUCGAAGGUCGAUGACCUGAGAGGCUCGCCGAUGAGUGUCGGCAACUUGGAGGAGUUGAUUGAUGAGAACCACGCCAUUGUUUCUUCUUCAGUCGGGCCGGAGUAUUAUGUUGGGAUCUUGUCCUUUGUGGAUAAGGACCAGCUCGAGCCUGGAUGUGCUAUUCUUAUGCACAAUAAGGUCCUUUCUGUUGUUGGGCUGCUUCAAGAUGAAGUCGACCCCAUGGUAUCUGUGAUGAAGGUCGAGAAGGCUCCAUUGGAGUCAUAUGCUGAUAUUGGUGGUCUCGAUGCUCAGAUCCAGGAGAUCAAAGAGGCAGUUGAGCUUCCAUUAACGCACCCUGAAUUGUAUGAAGAUAUUGGUAUCAAACCACCCAAGGGCGUCAUACUCUAUGGAGAACCAGGAACUGGAAAAACUUUACUCGCAAAGGCUGUGGCAAAUUCUACAUCGGCAACUUUCUUGCGUGUUGUUGGAAGUGAAUUAAUUCAGAAAUACCUGGGAGAUGGGCCGAAGUUGGUGAGAGAACUCUUUAGAGUUGCUGAUGAUCUCUCACCGUCUAUCGUAUUUAUUGAUGAAAUUGAUGCUGUGGGGACAAAAAGGUAUGAUGCCCAUUCGGGUGGUGAACGUGAAAUUCAGAGGACUAUGUUGGAGUUGCUUAAUCAGUUAGAUGGUUUUGAUUCUAGAGGAGAUGUGAAAGUAAUUCUUGCUACAAAUAAGAUCGAAAGUCUUGACCCUGCACUCCUCCGGCCAGGUAGAAUAGAUAGAAAGAUUGAAUUUCCUCUGCCAGACAUCAAGACAAGAAGACGGAUUUUCCAGAUACACACAUCAAGGAUGACAUUGGCUGAUGAUGUCAACUUGGAAGAAUUUGUUAUGACAAAAGAUGAGUUUUCUGGAGCUGAUAUCAAGGCCAUAUGUACUGAAGCUGGCUUGCUUGCACUUAGAGAACGCCGCAUGAAGGUGACCCAUGCAGACUUCAAGAAGGCUAAAGACAAGGUCAUGUUCAAGAAGAAGGAAGGCGUCCCUGAGGGACUCUACAUGUGA